AUGGGGACCAGUUGCAGUGCUGCCUGCAACAUGGGUUCGACCAACAGCAGCAGUCUAGCUGUGUGUCAAGAACAGGGCAUUGAAACCUGGGCCCUUCCACCCUGCAACAAGUACCUCUGCCCAGUGCUGCCCACGUGCAUUCUCAUCCCAGUGACCGCUGUUUGCCUGGUCUUGCUGGUGCUGGGUGUGGGUGGCAAUGUCUUGACUGUGAUUGUCACAAGCUGCUCCCAAGAGCUACGCAACACUACCAGUUUAUAUUUGGGCAGUUUGGCUGUCUCUGACCUGUUGAUGCUCCUCCUGGGUCUACCCAUGGAUCUGUACCGUUUGUGGCGCUUCCAGCCAUGGGUGCUGGGAACUGUGCUGUGUUGUGUGUGGCACUGGUCAAGUGAGGCAUGUGCCUACUGUUCCAUCCUGCAUCUGACAGCCCUGACAGCUGAGCGCUAUCUGGCCAUUUGCUUCCCACUGCGGGCUAAAGUCCUAGUGACCCAACAGUGGGUAAAAGCCCUGCUGGUAGUGCUCUGGGCUGUGGCACUGCUCUCUGCUGCACCUUACUUAUUCCUUACGGGAGUCAAACAGGCUGGCAACUUUUCCGGUGAUGAUGAUUUCAGCCGUGAAUGUGGCCCUACUUUGUACGCCCAACAGACAGGGCUGUUGAACACAAUGCUCUGGGUCACCACCAGCUACUUCAUCCUCCCCUUCUUCUGUCUCUACAUCCUCCAUGGCUUGAUUGCUAGAGAACUUCUGUGUGUUGGCAAAGCACGUCUUGGUGUGGCUUCAUACCGGAACCAUCAGCAAACAGUGCGCAUGUUGGUUAUCCUGGUUCUGGCAUUCCUCAUUUGCUGGUUGCCCUUCCAUGUUGGCCGGAUCAUGUACAUCAACCCAAAGAACUACAGGAUGAUGCUCUUCUCUCAGUAUUUUAACGUUUUUGCAUUGCAGCUUUUCUACCUGAGCGCUACUAUCAACCCAAUCCUUUACAAUCUUGUCUCAAAGAAAUACAGGGCAGCAUUAUACAAAUUGCUGGUAACCAAAAAGCGACCAGAACGGGCUUCAACUAUUACUAGAGAGACAGCUGGCUACCUAGAGAUUACUGGAUAA